UAUGCAUAUGUCCAGUCACACACUAAUGAACAGAAAACACAAUUGAAGAUGUACAUAGACACUCUCAUGGGCCAUUGAGCUCCACAGAGCCAGACAAGACACACUACCUGAAAAUGAGAGCUGGAAUUCUUGGAACCAAGAAGGACUUCCUCUUUGAAAGUCAGUUCAUCAAUCUAUAAGAGGAAGGAGUGGGAUGAAUGCUGAACUGAACAAUGGCCAUUCAUACAGUCUGAAAGGAGCUCAGGCCCUGGAUCUACAAGUCUGAAGUUAACAGCAAGGCUCCCCCCUGCCCACCCCCACCCUCACUCAACGUCCUCUGAGGAUGGCUGGGAUUAGGGUGGGGUUAUCAACAUUGGUUGGUCUAAUGACACGUUUUACUAUGAUAAUUCAGCAUAUGGAGGUUGGACUGUUCAGUCUACUGGGAUCCCUGCUGGCUGCUGACAACAGGUAGAACUGGAGUGUUCCGGUUGUGACCACGUGUGGCUGUGAGAGAGGGGCUCAGUCUAUCUGUCCACUCUGGGAUUAGGCAGCUGCCGGAGAGGGGGCCAACAGCUCUGUGUGUGUGUGUGUGUGUGUGAGGGCUAAUUAGCAAGGCUUGUGACAGAGAAAGUUUGAGGGCUCCAGAAGAACCCAGACAGAGGUCUUCACACAAGAGAGGCGGGAGGGGGAACUGCAGGCUUUAUGCACUUUCAUUUUGAAAUUCUUGAGUGGAGUAUUUUCCCAGUGCUUGCAUCUCUCUCCAUGGAGCGUGGUUUAACUUGACUGAGUGUGUGCGUCUGAGCUGAACUGUGUGCAGGAAAACUGAUAUUGAGGAAGAUGAACCAAGCUUGGGAUUUUUCAUUCAAUAACAUGAUGUCAUACCUGUCUCUAAGUGACUACAGUUCCGGCCUCAAAGACUUGAACAUUGUGGCCAUGUUGCAUAACAUUUGGGAGCAGAAACAGGUGAAACAGGUGAAGAGGUACGAAAGCCAAUCGGAGAACUCAGUAAAUGGCCCUGUCAGCCAUUCAGAGGGCUUGUUACUGUAUGAGUCAGCCCCUUCACCAGGACCCCCUUAUAUCUGCUACGUCACACUGCCUGGAGGAAGCUGCUUUGGAAACUAUAAGGUGUGUGAGAACCAGGCUGAGGCGAGGAGGGAUGCAGCACGUGUUGCUCUGAUGAACACACUAGUAAACGAGCUGCCAUCUAGACAAAUCACUCCUCUGUUCAUCACACACAGCCUGCAGGAAGCUGCCUCAGAAAGCACUGUCUUUGUGGAGGAUGCCUGUGAUCCCAGCACCAGUAUAGGAGCCUAUUGUGUCAUGCUCCAGUCAUAUACAGGCAGAACCAUGCUGGAGUUCCAGGAGGUUAUGACAGUGUUUCAGUUGUUACACUGGAACGGAACACUAAAGGUUCUAAGGGACAGACAGUGCUCCCGCCAGAGUGUGAUUGAUUACUACUCUCAGCGAGGGCUGGACGCAAGCAUGCGCAGCAGCAUGGCUCUGGAUUGGCUAGGCCAGGAGUGGCAGACUCCAAAGCGGCUGAGGAGAGAGCUACGAGCAGCACAGAGGGACCUGGACAAAGCUAGACGUCAUGGAAAUGAACUCCGCUUUUACAAGGAGAAAACAGAGAUCCUUAGUCUGGCUCUGAGUCACACCAUCACACAGCAACUAUACACAGAUACACAUGGUCCAAACAGAGAUUCACCCCAACCACAACUACACAAACCGCCUGAAUCACACAUACAUUAUAACCCUUAAAUGAUCAAGGUAGAGCAACUGAUCCACGCAUGAAACCCUGAACCACCAUAGAUAGAUCCAUAGAUACAUACAAAUGUAUGUACAUACCUACAGACAUAUUCAGUAGCCUAAUACCCAACAUAGAAUCUGAAUAUUGUGGUAGAGUGUAACUCAACCAGAAUACCUGUGGGUGAAAUCUUAGAGACAAGUGGCAUCACAUAAGAAAUACUGAGCAGGCGAUUAGGUUAAAGGUCAUGCAAAAAAUACACACCUCUAGGCUGCCUUUAACAGUAUACAUACAAAUAACUAUUCACUUAUACUGCUGUCAAAUUCAAGACACAUCGUGUGGCCGAGCUUAUUGCUACGUGUUCUCAAUGAUUUCUUUAAAGAAAUGUGAAAUGCAAUCUAACUGUUUGUGUACAUUUGUAAAUAAAUAAUGAGC